UCUCGGAACUAAGUUGAGACAGCAGUGACAGCAGCAGAAGCAUGCCACCUCCUAGCCCCCUGCCUUCGCUGUUGGAGUGAUCCAGUUGAAGAAAUCAGGAUGCCUGUGAUCCAAACCACCAAACAUCUUUACAUCGUUUUUGAGAGGAACUGAGCUUUUUGUUGUGACAAUGCCCAAGUCUCAGUUCAUUUUCUUUCUAUUUUUUGCAGUGUUACAACUUCUCUUGGGGAUUUUUGCCAAUGGCAUCAUUUUGGUGGGGAAUGGCAUUGACUUGGUCAAGGAGAGAAAAAUGGCUCCAUUGGCUCUCCUCCUCUCGUGCCUGGCAGUUUCUAGGAUUUGCCUGCAGCUGUUGUUCUUCUUUAUGAACCUGUUUUUUCUGUCCUUGAUACAAGUGUCUACGUCUCUUGAGAGUUUUGUGAUUGUCCUGUUUACAAAUGAGGUGGGACUCUGGUUGGCCACAUGGCUUGGCGUCUUCUACUGCAUCAAGAUCGCCACCUUCCAUCACCCGCUCUUCCUGUGGCUAAAGAUGAGGAUUUCCCGGCUGCUGCCAUGGCUGGUCCUGGGAUCCCUGCUCUGCGCAGCCAUCUCUUCUGGGACCUGCAGCACAGAAUCAUGGAUGAGCUUCCAAAAAGCACUUCAGACCUUUUUCUCCAGAAAUGCAACAAGUCCAAUCAAGGAAACAUCUGCUUUGUCAUCUUUCUUUGUGUUCGGUUGUUUCGCAUUCCCGUUCCUUGUCUUCCUGGUUGCUGCUCUGCUCUUGAUUUUGUCCCUGGGGAGACACACCUGGCAGCUGAGAAGCCCCACAGCGGGCGCCAGGUUCCCCAGCAGGAGUGCCCACGUCAGGGCACUGCUGUCAGUCCUCUCCUUCCUCUUCCUCUACUUCUCCCACCUCGUGGUUGCUCUUCUGCUCUCUUCUCAAGUUUUCCCGCCUGGAAGCCUCAUGUUCAUGUUGUGCCUCUUGAUUUCCGGAGCGUACCCCUCUGGGCACUCUGUCAUCUUGAUUUUAGGAAAUUCAAAACUGAAACAAAAUGCCAAGAGGCUCCUCUUGCCCUGUGAUCGGUUCCGAGAACCCGUGACCCCGACUUCCACCUUGGUCCUGCGCAUGGCCGAGAACUUCUCCGUCCUCGUCUCCUCCAUGGGGCUCGGAGCCUCCUGCGGCCCCACUCCGCUGAGGACACCCAGCCACCCGGGCCCUCGCAGGGCGCGAUGUCACAGGAGAGAGGAGAAAUCGGAUCCCGUGCCUCGAGAGUCGGUGGUCACCACUCACACUGGAUUAAGGCCCAGCCAGGUGGACCUCAUUGUAGCUUUUAUUGCCCCCUUCAAAGAUAAAGUCACAUCUGAGUUUCUGGGGAUUCGAACUUCAGGAAUUUUUGAGAGAACCCGCUUCAGCCCAUGA